UGUCUCAGCCUACCUAUGCAACAUAAUGAAAAAUGAAAUGACCUCAGAUAGAUAUAUCUCCUCGGAGAAAGCACCCAUCCAUUCCACCCCCCUUUACCCACAACUAGAACUACUUGCAGUACAUACUCAACCCCCAGAUCAAGAAAACCAGCAGAUAAAGACAGCCAAGCAUCAAAACCAGCAACAGCAACAGCAACAGCAACAGCAACAGCAACAGCAACAGCAACAGCAACAGCAACAGCAACAGCAACAGCAACAACGCCUAAAGAAAGGGAUAGGGGAUAUGUAGGGUACGAUACACACAUAUGUAACUCAUGAGUCAUGAGAAAACAGAAAAAAGCCCUGCAGAAUGCAGAUCAUUUCAUUGAAGGAGAAGGAGAAGAAGAAGAAGAAGAAUUAGGAAACAGUUUAUUUUGAAUCAGAUUACUCCUAAAAUGAAAUUGAAUCGGAGGGAAAAAAGUAAAGUUACAUCACACUACACAGAAUCUUU